AUGAAAUUAGUUACUAUAGAUUGCAAAGACCUCCAUGAAAAUGGUCACACUAAUUCCGGUGUGUACGAGAUUUAUCCCUAUGGUACCAGCUCCCGUCCUGUCAAAGUUUACUGUGAUAUGGAGACAAUGGACGGAGGUUGGACGGUUAUCCAGCAACGAGUGGACGGAUCCCUGAGCUUUGAUAAGGCAUGGUCAGAAUAUAAGAAUGGAUUUGGUGCCCCGGGACAGAAUAUCUGGAUCGGAAAUGACGCAAUCCAUCAGUUAACAAAGGGGAAUGACUCAUCCCUCUAUGUUUCCAUCACACUAGCGAAUGGUAGCAGACUAUAUGCGUUGUACGAUCAAUUUUCUGUUUCCAAUGAAGCAGACAAGUAUCAGCUCUUUCUGGCAGGGUACCUGGACGGAACCUUGGGUGACAGUAUGUUAGACAAUGAGAAUUCUGGUGAUAAUUUGUCUGGGAUGUACUUCAGUACUGCAGACAGAGACAACGACAUGUUGGUCAUAGGAAGCUGUGCUGCUGUCCACAAAGGAGGCUGGUGGUUUAAUCAAUGUUACAACGCCUUCCUUAAUGGUGCCUGGUCCCCAGGAUACUGGUACGAGCCUUGGACUCCUACGAUAAGGAUUGGGACUUCAGUGAGGAAGACAAUGAUGAUAAUCAAACGUCACUAG